AUAUUUUUUUUUUUUUUAAACAACAAUAUGACAGAUCCUAGAAGCGAUGUCAGCAACACCGCCCGUGCAUAUCUGCAAGUAAGCUACAUGAAGGCAAACAAUUUAUGUGGUGGUAGACUACAAACCAGAUAUAGUUGGGGGCUACAGGGUAAUUAGGCCUACACAUUACGAUUUGAGUGCACAUGAAUAAAAAGGAACUUUAAGAAAAAAGAACACCAUUGAAUGUGUAAAAAAGAAAUGCACCUCAAGUCUUACAUAAAAUGUACACUUCCACAAGAAAUAGGCCAGUGAUAUGCUGACUGUGACAAGGCGAUGUUUCGCUCUAGUUGUGCAUGUAGGCUGUAUCACCGAGCACGUCGCUGAAAUAUCAUAUGGACCACUGGGCAGCAGGGAGUUGGGAAACGAACACAAACGCAUCGCAUUUGCGGAAGUGAGCGAGCGGGUGGGGCCUCAGUGUAUGCUGUAGAGACAGUAAUGUAUGAGUUGAGACGUGCGAGGCUGCCAUUCUCUUAAAUGGAGCGUUUUACAUGACCCCAGUGGGCCGUCGCGAAUUUAAGAGCCUGGACAUUUCGUUUGCGUGUUUGUCGUUCGUAAUUGUGGUCGGUCAGGCUGGCUUCAGCAAUGUCGAGAAAACGCUUUAAAUAGUUUAAUUUAUGUGUUGGCUCGAGACGGAUUGUGUAUUUAGGGUAGCAAGCGGAUUACACUAAUGUUGCCGUGAAGACAGCCGACGAAGCGAUGUGAAACCGUAAUACUGAAAAUUCCUUCUGCAAACUGAGGAAUAAUAAUGAACAACGCACGAGAUAUGUCUCCAGAUUUUGUCUUGAUGCGCCUGGUCUCCGCGGCCGAGGAUGACCGCUUGGAUGAUGAGAAUGGGAAUUUAUCGUCUAGCGGCGGAGUGGUUGCUGGGUUCGGGCAAGAGGUCUUGGGUCAUAGUAAUUUGAAAGGUGAGUUUGAAUGCUCACAAAAUCAUUCGACAAAUCUCGCUCGGCAUAACCAUAUCUCCGCUCUGAACAAUGCACAGCAACCCAGCGGGACGGAGGCACCUGACACUGGAGUGAUGGCGACUAGACCGGGGGUGUCUGUUCCGCCUCCUCCCCACGGUUCUACCGAGGCCCAGGCUUACGAGUUUGCCCACAGAGGGAAUAUGCGGCCUCAGCUGCUGGUCUUUCGGAACAUAACCAGGGACGAUGGCGGUAUACCAGAACACAAUUCAGAUGAAAAAUAUCAAACAAGGGCUCAUGCUGGCGAUGAUCAGUUAUCCGGGUUUUCCUCCGACUCAAACAGUGGCAUCAAUAACAAUACGGUUAGCGUGGAUGCUCAGCAGUGUGCUAGAUGGGCUCUGCUUCCCCAGAUGAAAUCAUCCACAGUUGCCGCGGAUACCGAGGGCAGUGAAUUGUGCCACCGACAUCGGCUGAUUACAGACAAACCAGACUGGUCAUCUCUUGAUACGUCCAACCCUCUUGCUAUGAUUGAAUCCAAAUGGGGAUGUACAGCAACGGACACGAACAUACAAUUCCCCGAGGGUCCUGUUUUCGAACUGGCAAAGAGAUUCGGGAAACUGAGGGUGGCUCCAGUCUCCGAACUAUUGUUCAAGGACGGGGAAUUGCCGCACUGUUCGUGUCAGAGCGUACUUGGGUCAGCAGCUGCGGGAAUGGGGCAGGGAGAUGACCCAACCGAGACUAGCGAUGCACUACUGGUGCUGGAGGGACUUGGAUCGGAGGAGGUCAAUGGCUUGGGCAUCAGUGCGUGUUCCCCAAGUGACUCCGAGAGCCAGGAGAAAGAAAGGGCCUUCAUGCUACAAGGAAAAACAGACCUGGUGGAGAAGAUGUCAGGUGCGUUCGCUCUCAGUUGCUGCCCCGCGGGGCUCACGGGACAGGGAGAGGCGCGCUCUGAGGGGAAUUGCUCAGCAGCUUGUCGCGACACACAGGUGUGUUGUCUACUACAAAACACCGUGAACCCCAGACCCAAGGCCAGCCCCAGUGACACGGAGCUGUCAGUGGAGGCACCAGCACCACCUGGAGCUCCUCCUGUGGAAUCCUGUCAGAACCGUCCUAGCCAGAAAUCGAGCCCCGUGCGACGGUCAGAGAGAAGCGUCAGUGUACCUCGAAUGCUUGCCAGCCGAGGAGCAAGUGGUGGCAAUGAAAAAACACCCGGCAAGUCCAGAAAAGGAUCACUGAAAAUUCGUCUGAGUAAACUUUUCAGAACUAAAAGUUGCAGUGGCUCUAACAACCUGCUGGACAAAAGACCAUCGGUGACUUACUCCAUAUCUUCUGCUGGGAGUUUGAUGGACAUGUCCGGAGCGAGUGGAGGGGAGCACGAUACUAGCAGCCAAGCUACUCUGACCAGGGCCCAAAGUACGUUCUCUGCUGCCUCUUUCACUCCAGGUUUUACAGGGGAGACUGUAUCUCUGGUGGAUGUGGAUAUCUCUCGGAGAGGGGUAAACUCCCCGCACCCCCCCACUCCACCUCCUCCACCACGCCGAAGUCUCAGUCUCCUAGACGCUUUCCUCCGGGUGUUGCCUCACGGCGCAGCCCCGCAUUCGGACACGCCUCAGGCCCCCCGCCUGCCCCCGCCGCCGAUCCUGUGCCCCCUCAGGAGAGCCGACGCCAGCAGCUUCACUGCCAGCCUGAGGGAGCUCGAGAGGUGUGGUUGGUACUGGGGCCCCAUGAACUGGGAGGACGCCGAGAUGAAGCUGAAGGGGAAGCCGGACGGCUCCUUCCUGGUGAGGGACAGUUCCGACCCGCGCUACAUCCUCAGCCUCAGCUUCCGCUCGCAGGGUAUCACGCAUCACACGCGCAUGGAGCACUACAGAGGGACCUUCAGCCUGUGGUGUCAUCCCAAGUUUGAGGACCGCUGUCACUCAGUGGUAGAGUUCAUUGAGCGAGCCAUCAUGCACUCCAAGAAUGGCAAGUUUCUCUACUUCCUGAGGUCAAGAGUGCCUGGUCUCCCUCCCACACCAGUGCAGCUGCUGUAUCCAGUGUCCCGCUUCAGCAAUGUGAAGUCCCUUCAGCACCUCUGUCGCUUCUGCAUCCGACAGAUGGUCCGCAUCGACCACAUCCAGGAGCUCCCACUGCCCAAGCCACUCAUUGCCUACCUGAGGAAGUUCUACUACUACGACUCUGAGGAGGAGAUGUACGUGUCAAUCAAGGGAAUACGCCAAGCUAUGGGAGUCGAUCAGGGAGCAGCCCCUCAGACGUAGCCAACAGAGGGGUCCUCACCCAAGUACUCUCUGUGCGGAGACGCGGUGUGGCGGACUGCCACCGGUGAAGCACAGCCUGGGCCCUGCCUGUUAACCACCUGCUUCCCACUCCCACAAUUCCCUCGGGCCGGGUCUCCAGCGGCGUCCUCCUCCUCCUCCUCCUCCUCAGGGACUCGACGGUAAGGUCCGUCCCUCUCCCUCGCCACGGCAACCGGGGGAAAGCCCAGGGAGAGGGAGGCCGGUGGAAUGCUGGGAUACCAUACGAACAGUGCUGCACAACCAAGCAAAGCUGGAGAAUGGGGCUUCCCAGCAGAAGCGAACCGGACAACUGGACAACUCAACAAAACAAACUUUGACUUUGUUCUUUUUUUCUGAUAAAAAAAACCCUUGUUUCUGUGUAAGCUACCUAAUUCCGAGAUGAGCCAAAUGGACCAUUUCAAAUGAGAUGACCUGUUUUUGACGGCAAACCCUUCCUUCUCCUCUCUGAGUACACUGCUUGUCCGUGAGUGGAGUGGACCCUGAGACUGUUUCUGUAUCUCAUCCAUGUUACUGGAUCGGACUCUACUCUUUUCUGCAGUCACAGCUGGUCAUAGGAACAGUAUUUUCAGUAAAAGAGGUUUAGAAAAAAAA